UACGGUUGUCAUUGUGUGAAGGACAUUGUGUUGGUGUUGCUUUGUUAAUGAGUUGUUCGUUCCUCAGUUGAAUGUGCGUGACUUGGUCACUUUUCCUACCCGCGCGGGAAACCGUAUGGUAUCUGCUCAAGUUACAAAUCAAUGCAGCUUGGUUUCAGUAGUUGUCAAGCCCCGCGUUUCGUUGGUUUUUUUUUUUUUUGUAUUCUCGCCUCAACAUGGAGAACAACCCGUCCAGUAAUUCAGCUUCGCCACGCGAUCGGUCCAUCCCGAAAAGUAGAGAAGAGCAGGACUCCUCCGCACAAAGGACAGACACUAUCGAUCGCACAUUGUCAAGUGCAUCGUCCACUUCAAAGCAGGCUGAACCCGAGGUAAAAAGACGUGGACGAGGUCGCUUUAAAGCGCCUCCUUCCUCCUCUUCCAUUCAAAGCAGCACACAGUCAGAAAGGCCUUUGUCUCCACCCAAACAACCGGCGUUGCAAAGUAAAACAACGGCUGAAAGCCGUGAACAACAACAACAACAACAACAACAAGAUACUGCUAGAGAGACUCAGACUCAACCCAAUCGUACACAUGCUUCAACGACAAUGACAGCAGAACCAGAAGUAAAACGACGUGGUCGAGGUCGGUUCAAAGCACCUUCUACCCUGCCCUCUCAGAGCGAAACGAGCAAGGAUUCAAUGCAACACAGUCAACAUGACAACUCUCCCCAUACAGAUCAAAAGUCUUUAAAAGAAACUGUAAGAAUUUCGCUUUUCCCCAAGAAAAAAAAGGUGACACUUCAAAGGCUGACUGAUUCGGGUUACUUUAUAUUAGGAUGCUAUUGAUGUGCUCGCUAGCCAAGUGAAUAAGCUUGUCUUGAACGAAGAACCUGCAGUGAAUCAACGCCGUCCAAGUCAGCCUACCUUUCAAAAUAGAAAAAAUAGCAAGACCAUUUCAUCCCAAGAUAGGAAUGAUUUUUCAGAGCCACAAACGAUCAAAACAGAAACAGUCGCCACUGUACAUGGUAACUUGAUAGCAGCGCCCCC